CCAUAGACAGUCCAUUCCCUCUUUUUCCUCUCUUCAUUUUCACGUUCCCUUUUGUACUCGACAGCUCCAGCUUCCAUAUGGCGACGUUGAAAGAUGGAAUGUCUCCUUACGAAAGCGGUGGAGCCGAAGAAAGGUUCCGUAAGAUGCCUUUCCGACCAGGGAUUUAUGAAGAACCCCAAAAUGUUUCUCAUGAGGCAGGGAGAGAUAAUUCAACUGGAGCAUCAGAAAUAUGCACCCAUCAUGUUGGGAAUUUUGCUAGCAUUUCUUCUGACAGUGAGAUAUCAGAGCUUGAACAAAUGUUGAAACAGAUGACCUUUACUAGGUCUGUAACCCAGCGCUUGAUAUUGUUGUUGCAUUCAAGAACCAUUGAGGAGUCACCAACUCCUCUUUUAAGGCUUGAAGCAUCACCAACAAGUGGAUCAAUGAAAAGACCCAAACAUGGAGAUGAGAGGGAUAACUUCCAUGCUUCUGUUGUCAGUUCAAGACUUCUUGAAGAAGAGAUUGCUCAAGAUUCAAAGUUUAUUAGUAAUAAUGGGACAGGCCUUCCAAAUCCAAUCACAUCAACAACUUCACCACAACAACCGGCGACUAUGGAGAACCUCCCACAUGAGCUUUUAUCAAAUAUAUUUAUCCGUUUAUUUGCCAAACAACUUGCUCAAAUGAGAUCUGUCUCCAAAUCAUGGAAUGCUUUUCUGUCUCAUCCCUCUUUUGUAAAAUCCCACCUCCAUCAUUCCAUCCAUAACAACGAUCAAAUUCUAUUGAUCUUCCAAGAUGAAGAAUUUUAUUCCGACACCAAACCAUUCACAGCAAUACCGAGUCGAUCUCCCCGUCUUGAGCUCACUAAUUUCAUCAAAUUCCCGGUUAAACCCCAAUCUGGACAUACAGAUGGCAUCAGGGUUAUUGGUUCUGUUAACGGCUUAAUAUGCUCUUCUUACGAUAAUCAUUCUGUGAUUCACAUUUGGAACCCUUCUCUCUCCGCCGUGUUAACUCUCCCGCCAUACUCCACCCCCUCCAAUGGUUACAAUUCGUUCAAAAUCCAUUUCCGGUUUGGGUUUGAUCCUAAAUCAAAUGAUUACAAAGUUGUCAAGCUCACAGGCCUUAAUGGACCGUAUGAAAAUGUCGUUACAUGGUGGCUGCAAGUUGAGAUUUAUAGUAUGAGAAAAGGUUCCUGGAAGUUGAUCACCGCAAGGUUUCCCUCUCACAUCACAACCAUUACCAAUGGUGAUGAUGUUUGUGUUGAUGGCCAUGACGGUUGUCUACAUUGGCUUGGUUAUGAUUAUAUUAUCGAGAAUACUGAUUUAAAAAUGAUAGUGGCAUUUGAUUUGGGUUCAGAGACAUUCCGUGAGAUACCUCUUCCAGAUUCUAUACUAAAUGAUGACCGUGAGAUUGUUUUAGGAGUUUUGGCCAAAAAGCUAUGUGUGAUGACACAUGUUGGGGUUGAUGGCACAUGUGAUGUGUGGGUGAUGGAUAAGUAUGGGGUGGCCGAAUCAUGGGUCAAGCGCCAUGUCUUUUCACAGUUUGAUGUUGGUGCAUGUCUAUUUGGAUUCACAUCACACAAUGAGUUUCUCAUUGUGGAUGAUGGGCACCUUGUCUUGUACAAUCCAAAUACGAAUGAGCAGAUAAGGUUGGAGGGUUAUUGUCCUGAAGAUUAUGAUGUACAAAACAUCAUGGAGUAUGUGGACAGUCUUGUUUGGGUAGCACCUGCCAAAGCAUGAGAUGGUGGAUGAUGGGGGGACAAAAUUGAAAUGGAGAGACUUCAAGUAUGAUGCAAUGUUUCUUAAUUAGGUUUAUGUGUAGUAUCCAUUUUAAUGUGUUGCAUCUACCUUCUUUCUUGUUGUUCAAUUUGAUAUUAUGUAAGAUUAACAUUUGGACAUGCUGGUCUGAAUUCUAACAGAUGUCUAGCCGUAUUUGAUUUAUGGUAAAUUACACGAAUGGUCUCUGUGUUUCGGGGUAA